UGGUUUCUUACUUUUUAUAUUUUGUCUCCUUCAGGAUGUACUACAUCAUGGAGUUGUUCUUCUUGUGUUUUCUCACGGAAUGUUUGACAAUAUUGCCACCUUACUGUUGCUUUUUUCCUUUCUCUAUUGACAUAUCAGUUGCAGUGUCACUUGUUCUUCUGGGUUUUUCUUUCUAAUUGCACUUACAUGCAGGACAGUCUUUCAUGCAAAACUAAAAACCAAGUUUAAUCAGUCAUUUUGCAAAAUAUUUUGACUAUAGCAAUUCAGAGAUUUGGGUCCUGUAUUACUUGAAAAAGUUAGAUGUGUAUUUAUUGCUUAAAGAAUAUUUCUGUUUCCUCUUUUGCAAAUUAGAUGUUUAAUGAAAAAUUGGCUUCUCUCUUAAUUUUCCCUAAUAUUCUCCUUCUUUUCUUACUAUAUUCCAUAUCUUUUUUCUCUUUCUCCUUCCAUCUUGAUCUCUUCUCUCUUCUGCCUGCCUAUACUACGUCAUUCUUUGGCUUUAAAAAGUAUCAAUUUUUUAAGUUGCACAAACCUAAUUUCGGCUGUAUUAUUCACUGAAAACAGGAAUCCAUGCAUCAAGGCCUACACAUUUAGAUGGGCAGAGAUAAGUAAAAGGAAAUGGGAGGCUGCUGCUGUUGUUCUUCAAAAGGAGCUGAGAGAAUUAGUUCUCCAGCAUACUAUUAUUAUCCAAGAGCAUCAGAAGAGCAUGUGCCCUUAUCAUCUCACCAUGGUGCCACCUCUGCACUCUCCACUGGACUCCUGGUUGAUACAAAUCUGGAUACAUCAGUCCCCAAUGCUUAUAGGCCACCACCUGCCCCGAUACCUUUCGAUGUGAGUUUAGGGCGUCCUCAAACUCCACCAGUGACUCAAGAAAUUUGCAGCAGUAAGAGUGAUGCACCAGUGCAAACAACUACUGAUCCUGUUCAAGAAACAGGUGGUGGCAAUACUCAAGAACCUGUGAAGUGUGAAGAUCUAAAGGAAUCAGAAAGCAAAACUGAAGCCAAUUUUGAACCUGAAUCAGUGAAGGAGCUGGAAGUUGAGCUUUCAAAGUCAAUUGAACCUGUUGUUUCAGUGAUAGAGGAGGAUGUUUGUCCCACCUGUCUGGAAGAGUAUGAUACUGAGAAUCCAAGAAUUAUUACAAAAUGCGAGCAUCAUUUUCACCUUGCUUGCAUCUUAGAAUGGAUGGAAAGAAGUGACACCUGUCCUGUAUGCGAUAAGGAAAUGAUAUUUGACCUUCCUAAUGAGUAGUAACUGCCCAAUAAAUCCUGCGGAGUUGAAGUUCUAAGUUACUUGAAGUUGGGAUUAAGAAUUCAAAGGUUACAAAUGCUUGAAAGUUAUCUUUUCUCUUGCUCGCGCUCUUUUUCUUUCAGUUUUUUCUAUCUGCUGCAGUUUGUUCUCUCUAUUGCCCCCA